AUGUCCGCUGCAGUCGCUGCUACAACGCGAAAUCGUGUACUCGCGAUAUACAAAGAAGUUUUAAAACUUGGGAGAAACUGGGAAGCUAAAGAUGCUCAACAGACGCUGAAGGAACGCAAGGACAUUCUGGAUGAAGCAAAGCAAACUUUUCGUGAAAACAAACAAGUGACCGAUCCAAAACGAAUAGCCGAUCUGAUAUUGGAGGCAGAAAAACGAGUUGUUCUUGCUCAACAUUAUGGAGUUCCGUACGCACGUCCUGACUACCUCCCACCUCAAACAGCUUAUAACGUCAACGCUGCUAACAAACAAUUUCACAAAGUCUCUGAAAUAUAUUCCAUACACUUCAAAUCAGUAGCCGUAACAUCAUUUAUUCGUUAUUAUUUCUCCGGUUCAAAGAUAUCCGAGGAGGUUUUGAGCGAUGUUCUGAACCAAUGUUGCCUCGAUGAACACUUUUAUUCCGAUUUUGUUAGAUUCGUACUUUGUAAUCCAUUGUUCGAGAAAUAUCCAAUACGUAAGAGCUACCGCCGUAAUCUGUUGAAGCGUGUGAUAGAUGCGAUGGAGCAGUGUGGCACCGAUGUGUCAGACGAGUUAUACACACUUUGUGCAUCUUGCAUGCUGGACUCGGCGGAGAGUUCAUUUCGAAUCUUCUUGAAUCAAAAUCUCGACCAAGUUCUUGUUGUACUCCGAGAGUCAAAUCAACAACUAUGCUAUGGGACUACUGGGCUCUCACUGUGGCAGGCUUCCUGUGACUUGUCGAAUUUCCUAUGUUGUUUCAUCGACCUAUCCGGCAAAAAGGUGCUCGAGCUGGGUGCAGGAUGUGGUUUAGUAGGUAUUUCGGUAGCAAGAACUUUCCAACAAUGUUCUGUUAUUCUCUCCGACUAUGAUCCAAAGGUGCUAAGUCAGCUGGAGUUCAACGUUGACGAAAAUAUGGACAAGGACUGCUCCCAAAUUAAAGUCCAGAACCUUGACUGGAGCAUGUUUAGCAUCGAUCAGUUGAGCGAGAUUCCAGAUGCAGUAGUAGCUGCAGAUGUUGUUUACGAUUGUGCAAUUCUUCCUUCCCUUUGUGACGUUCUGAGGAAGUGCCUUUAUGCCAAGAAGGGUUGUGUCUCAUACGUUGCAGCCACUCUUCGUGAUCCUUUAACGUUGAGAGUUUUCAAAGACAAAUUAGAUGAAGCUGGUCUUCGAGUAAACGAUGAAGUGCGUUAUCAGUACGGGGCCUUUACCUUCAGCGAUGGCUCAAAAUUCAAAUCUGCAUCACUCUUCCCUCACUCAUCAAAUCUUGAUGCUCCUACUAUUAUAUUUGCAAUUGUCAUAAAGGAAGAUCUGUAG